UGAACCCCGUUGGUUGAAGAGAGUGGGUUGAUCAAAUAUCUUGCACGUUUAUUCCUCCACUCUCUUUUGGUCUCUCUCUUUACUCUCCUUCCCUGGACAGAGCACAGCAUCCAUCAUCUUCAGCCCUUAUGAGACUAUCCUACACAUCUUCAUCAGAUCCGGACUUAAAAAGGAAACGCAAAGAUCAUCCUCGUUAGGUGAUCAGCCAUGUUCCUGUAUCUACUGCUGCGUGCCAUCUGCCUCUUUGUCCUGUCAUCUUCUGCUGUCCUCAGUCUUGCCGCAGAUGAGACCCCAUUUCUACAAGUGAACAUUCCCAAUAGCUCCCCUGUAUCUGCCGUUUUGGGGCACUCCUUGACACUGCCCUGCCUCGUGUCUCUGUCGCAAACGCCCUCUCUGGGACGGCAUGUCGUGCUUACCCAGCCAAGAGUCAAAUGGAGCUUUCUUUCAUCCAACAAAGAGACAGAGAUCCUAGUUGCCCGUGGGGAGAGGGUGAAGGUGAGUGAGUUAUAUAAAGGCAGGGCAUCGCUGCUGAAUUAUGCUGCCUCUUCGAAUGAUCUUACCCUCAGACUGGAUGACCUGAUUCACAACGACACAGGCUUCUACCGAUGUGAAGUCCAGCACGGUUUGGAGGACGCUCAAGGCCUGGUUCAGGUCAAAGUUAAAGGUGUCGUCUUCCUCUACCGCCAUACCUCUAGUCGUUAUGCCUUUAGGUUUGAUGAGGCCAAAGAUGCUUGUAAGCACAUUGGAGCUCGGAUUGCUUCUCCAGAUCAGCUGCUGGCUGCGUAUCGCAGCGGCUAUGAGCAGUGUGAUGCCGGCUGGCUUUCAGAUCGCUCUGUUAGAUACCCAAUCCAGAUGCCUCGGGAAGGCUGUUUUGGAGACAUGGAUGGGUUACCAGGUGUUAGAAACUAUGGCACGAUGGAUGCUGAUGAGAUCUUUGAUGUGUACUGCUACGUGGAAAACAUUCACGGUGAGGUGUUUCAUGGAUCGACCCCACAGCGCUUCACCUUGGCAGAAGCUAAAUCAUACUGUGAGCUGCAGGGAGCUCAGCUUGCGACCACCAGUCAGCUAUAUGCUGCUUGGAAUGACGGUCUGAACCAUUGCAGUCCAGGCUGGCUGGCCGAUGGAAGCGUUCGCUACCCUAUUGUGACCCCUCGAGAGCGUUGUGGGGGCUCUGAGCCCGGUGUCAAGACGGUCUAUCGUUUUAGCAACCAAACAGGCUUCCCUGAUCCACACAGUCACCACGAUGCCUACUGCUUUAGAGGUAACAGCAACUAUCAAACAGUCCCCCCGAUAGAUUAUAUGGCCACAGAACCUGAAGACAAAGAGCAGUAUAUUGUGACUUUAGCUGACCCUCAAGAAGAGUACAGUGUGGAUCAGGUCACCCAGCAUUCAGAAAAGGAAGUCCAGGGGGCUGUUGAGUCCUUUAACAUUCACAGCACUCACGCUACGAAAGAACCCGAGGAGCACAACUAUACCGCAAGACCUCAGGAUGACUUCACAGACAGCACCAAUGGAGAUCUCACCAGCCCACCCAGUACAGACAGAAAUCUGGAAUCCCUCGAAGUCAUCUGGCAGAAAUCGGAUGCCAAUCCCGUCGAUUCAGUGCCAGAGACUUACAUGGAUCAUUCCAUGCCCGAGAGAGAACCAGGUGUACAGCAAGUGUCAAAUGUUGAUAUUGUGGAAACCAGCAACCACAGACACUUCCAACCAAUGCCAGACACCAACUUAGAGCCGGUUGACAACAUCCUACCUACCGAAGUGCAGCCUGAGGGAACAGAGGAACCCUCCUCUGAACCCAAAAACUUCCAACCGUUGCCUACCAACCUGGAUGAUGAAGAUGAAGAUCAUAUAAACAGGGAGAUAACCAUAACCACUGAGGGCACUACACUGGAAUACGGCACAAGUGUUCACACCACAGCUCAAGAAGUCCACUCAAGUCUCUCAACUUUUCUUCUUUUAGAGCACAAUGGUACGCUCGAAGAAAAUUUAGGGAAUUUCACAGAAGCCCCCGAGACAGAUAAAGACCUGGGUUUUUCUUUUACAACUCAUUCCACAUCAGUUAGCACAACCAGUGAUUCCGAUGGAUUGGAGGGUUCAGGUGAGAAUUUCACUCUGCCGUUUGUAGAUCAGACAGAAAUUCUGGUCACCCUUAAUGAAUCUGAGAAGCAUGGAGCAUCCACUUCUGUGACUGUGACAGAGAGCUUCUCAUCUAUGUAUCUUAACAAUACUAGCUUGAUAGGUUUUAAACCCAGACAUGAAGACUCUAGUGAAGGACAUCUGAACAGAUCUGAAGAUGUUGGUGAUUGGGCCACUGUUGUUCCUGUGUCUCUUGGUGGGGAUGAGAAUGUCAGUCAUCACAUUACUGAGAGCACAACAAUUGUACGUGUAAAUGAACCUGAGUCAUCUGACGGCUCCGGUGAUCAUGACGAUAUUCUGCCAGUCAAACUGUUGACCACACCUACACCUCACCUGUUGGACACACUGACCACACAAGGGCCUGCACAGGUAGAAAUGAAUACCCCAGAGGAGAUGGAAGGACAUUUCAAUGAAACCAGUACUUUGGCUUUACUUGGGUCUGUAGAGGAGAAACUGGAGAAGGUGGAGCGGAAAGGACUUGAGGGAGAACCAAAUCAGCUUUACACCACAUCCACCGAGAUCAAUACUUCUACUUUUACUAUGGAUGGCAGUCAUGAAGAUGAGUCUUCAGGAGCAAAGGCGUCUUUAGAAAAUUUGUCCUUGGUCACUGAGCAUCCACACUUAAAUUCGGAAAACCUCACACCCUCCAGUUUGACAGAUAUGGACUAUCUAACGAAUGCUGAUAAUGAUGACAGUACUAUGAGACCCUUUACAGGUCUGGAGGUUACACUGUUGCCCGCUGUGACCCAGACACCCGACUGGCAGACUUUUACCUCUUCUACAAAGCCAGGGGAAUUCAGAGCAAAUGUGGAAUUCAGUGGUGAUGGCCCAUUUACCACAGAAGACUACCUAACCUUAGGUGGGUCUGACUAUACCGACACGCCCAAUGCAGAGCAAACAGAGCAAACUCUAGUCACAACAGAGCAAACUCCAGAAUAUGACCAGAUAACUACAAAAAACUUAAAGAAUAUGGAAGAUGAAAAUGAUGUUAAAACCACAUCGGAGCCUAUCAAUCAACAUUCAAGACCAACACAAAGAAUGUUGGUGAGGACAGGCAAUAUUUCAGAUGCAUGUGUGGAGAGCCCUUGUAAAAAUGGAGGCACCUGUGUGGACACUGGAACGGGGACAAAGUGUCUCUGUCUACCCACCUAUGGAGGAGACUUCUGCCAGACAGAUCUUGAACAUUGUGAACCAGGCUGGGAAAAGUUCCAAGGGUCCUGUUACAAAUACUUCCUCAAACGGCAGAAAUGGGAGGUGGCGGAGCAGCACUGCCGCAUGUGUGGAGGUCACCUGGUGUCUGUUAUGUCACCUGAGGAACAAGAGUUCAUCAAUGAUAAAUACAGGGAGUAUCAGUGGACAGGUCUUAAUGACAAAACCAUUGAGGGAGAUUUCCGUUGGUCAGACGGAAGCCCAUUGCUUUAUGAGAAUUGGUUUCGGGGACAACCAGACAGCUACUUCCUGUCAGGGGAGGACUGUGUUGUCAUGGUAUGGUACGAUGAUGGUCGUUGGAGCGAUAUCCCAUGUAACUACCAGCUCUCCUAUACCUGCAAGAAGGGCAUUGCAGCGUUCUGUGGCCAGCCUCCUCUCGUGCUCCAUGCUAAGAUGUUUGGACAGCGGCAGCUAAGGUACAGGACGAGUUCACAGGUGCGCUACCACUGCGGAGCGGGCUUCAUCCAAAGACAGAACCCGGUUAUUACAUGCCAGAACAAUGGACAGUGGGAAGAACCGCAGAUCACAUGUACACCAGUGGGACCUGCAUACUCGAAUGGAGAAAUGGUGACAUGGCCCAAUGGUCACAAGGAAAUAGUCAUAGAAGUAACAAAAACAGAAAAAGCAACACCAGGGUAUUUGGAUAUAAAAUGGAACAACUAGCUUUUGACUUAGUAGCAUUUAUUUCCUUCAUUUUUGUCUAUAUCAUAACAUGCCUUCAUCCACACUGCAUUCCUUAUAUAUCAACAUUACAUUUACAUUUAUGCAUUUGGCAGACGCUUUUAUCCAAAGCGACUUACAUUGCAUUAUCCUAUACAUUUGUUACUAAGUAUGUUCAAUCCUCUGAUAGAACCCACGACCUUGGCGUUGUUGGCGCCAAGCUCUUACCACUGAGCUACACUAAAAUACAUUAUAUAUUUAUAAGAAAAUAUGUCCCACUUAAAGGAAUAGUUCAGCCAAAAUUAAGUAUUGCACUUUGAAGCUCCAAAAAGCAAUAUGGAGUGAACAACUAUUCCUUUUUUUUCCCUUUUAAUUGGGAAUGCUGACUAAACACAAAUUAAAAAGUUUGGCAUAAACACUGGUAAAGUUAAAACAGGACAAGUGAAGGAAAAUAGGAUCAUUAACACUCAUUAUACUCCUCUCAGCGCAAUACUCAAUUUCUCUCUGUGUACACAUGACACUGAAUUACAUGUUUUGUAAUUCUAAGAUACAAUUUACUGUUACUCUCAUUUUGCACACAAUAAGCACACUUGAUAAAAAGCAACAUCCAAACAAAGCUUGUAACUGUUGGACCAAGCAUCCAUGUUUCAUUUCAUCCUGUUCUUUCCUUUCUCUUUGUUAAAUAAAUUAUGAGACAACGAAUCAACUCCUGUCUAAUCUCAGCUGGUCUGAAUCACAAUUCUUUUUGACAUCAUAGCCCUUCAGUGCAUGAAUGUUAUCAUCAGCAUUACUUAUUCAUGUUCUGUGUUUUCCUCACUCAAAAUAAUCUGCAAACUGAGACUCAGCUUGAGAUGAAGAACUCAAAGACCUAACAUGUCCCAACAUAUGUUUUUUUAAACCAUAGUUUUAAUUAUUCUUAAUAAACAGGGAUAUUCUAAUGCACACAUAUGAAAAUGUCAUGAAAAUGAUCUAGUGUGUUUGAAGAAGAACCUUUCUUGCAGCCACAUGCACAUAAGACAUUCUAAAGCUUGCCGAUCAAGUUAGGUAAGGAACAUCAGCCCAUCCCUUUUGUUUGUUGAUUUGUGUCAGAAUGUUGGGUCAAUGACGCAGGGAAGAUACUUUAAAUUAGCAGACUUCAGAUAUUCUGCGACUUGGUGCUCAGUUUAUCAGGUAUGUAGUGUAACUCUUGAGGAUGGCCAUUUUAGACACACUACUGUGGUUUGUACAUCACUACAUGCAUCACUAACAAAAUCAUAUUUUAGUUUUUGAUGGCCUGAAACUAGGGCAUACUACACUCUAGAAAAAAAUCAGAUGAAUGCAAUCAAAGCAAUCGCAUUAAAAAGUAAAAAUGUGCUUGUAUUUGUUCAGUCAGAUGUAGCUCCAGUAAAUUUAGGAAACUAGUCUUAACAAUGAUGAAUAAAAGAGCUUUUACAUAUGUAUUCUUGAUGACUGAUUAUGGAUUAAAUGAACACAUCUAUGGUUAACAAUCUAACUUAACAUAGUGAUUUCACUGAUUUUUUGAAAUACUUUCUUUUCGAAAACAAUGCUUUUUAUGAAUAUGGCUUUUGAAUAUGGCUUUUUGUUGUAGUUGAGAAAAACUGUAUGUGUAGCAAAGUCUUGUUUUAAAGUCCCAACCGAAUAUAUAUUAAAAUCCACAUUCUAUAAUGGGUCAUUUUAUUAACAGCUGGUCCCAGACCAAACAAAAUUUACAUUUCCUGGUUUAAAAAAAAUACAAACAUUAAUAAAAGUAAUAAAAGCUUCCCACUUUUCUUAAAAUUAAAGUCUUUAAAAUGUUUUCUGUAUUGUAGAAUUAACAAAGUAACAACAGAAAAGUUUGUAUUUAUUGUGUAUGAUAUGCAUUUCUAGCCUACCGCUCUAAAGUAAAACAGAUAUAUUCUGUGUAUAUUCUGUUAAAAAUACAUUGAAAAAUUGUUAGACUUAUGUGUAGUUUACUGUACAUACUGUUCUUGCUGCUAAUAACUCAUGCUGUAAAUUUUUCAACUCAAAGAAAAUGUAUUACCAGAACAUCUCAGCCAUUGUGUGUGAUAAACACUGUGACUAAUGUUAA